AUGGAAAAUCAGCUCUGGCAUGACCACCUGGGGUGCUGCCAUCAAUACCAAGAAAGCACCCAGAUCGCCGAGGACCUUCUCCUGCUGCUGCUUGGGCUCGUUGUCCUUGUCAACAUAGGCGUCAACAUGGCAACUGUGAUGUGGCAGGGGCUCCAGAAUGUCUUAGACAAGAUCGCCCAUUGGACUAAUGACAAAAAUGAAGUCUUGCAGGCUUGUGAAAGGUCCCCCAAAUAUCCACCAGCCAAGGCCCACGAUGUCCACCUCCACUGCACCCUGGACCCUGUAGAAGUGAAAAUGGCCCAGCCCACUCGCUCCUCCUCUUUCUCCUACCACCACCUCUGCAACCGCAGCCGCCGCCGCCGCCGCCGCCGAAGCCGCUGCCGACCCCCCCACCGCCCCAGAUGCAGCCGCAGCCGCAGCCGCAGCCGCAGCCGCCGCGCCUGCAGCCACCAGCGGAGGCCAAAGACCCACAGACGGUUCCCCUACAGCCGCUCGGUCUUCCGUAGGCCACGUGACAGCCACAAGAUGGCACAACUGCGGCCGGUGUCCUCCUUUGAUCCGGAGGACCUGGACUCCUACCUGGAGGAGGAGGACCUUCCCCCCCCACGUCCCAAGUACCCGCCGGGGGGUUGGGGAGGAGGGCUCUACCCGCAGAUGGGCCUGCCCUCCAACGUGGGGCUCUGGGGCCGCCAGGGUGGGAUCCUGGCCAGCCUGCCGCCACCCUCUCUCUACCUGUCACCCGAGCUGCGCCGCCUGCCCAAGCGUGUGGAGGCCAAGUCGGAACUGAGGCUGCAGUCCUACGGGCCCCCCUACUCACCGUCCCGCAUCUGGGGCAACGUGGAGGCCGAGCAGUGGACCUCGUCUCUGCCGCCCCCCCGCCGGCUGCCCCCAAACCCCUCCUGGGUCCCUGGGGGGCACAGCCCUUACCCCUCACGGGGCCAGCUCCAGUAUGACUCCUGGGACCAGCGGCGGCGUGGCCUGGAGGGCUCUGAGCCUCCAUCCGCCCUCGUGACCCGGGGCUCCCGGCCCGAAGCCCGGGAGCACUCAUCCCCCCAGUCCCCCCGGCGGAGCCUCCCUGGCCAGCCGCACGGGCAGCCCAACCGCAGUCCCCACCCAUCCACGGGACACUUGAUCUACUCCCGGGAUCCCCACGAGGUGCGGCGCCGGGGAGCCGAGUGGGCGGAGGCGCUGCCCACCCGGCACCCUCUGACCACCUCCACCUCGCUCACCAUGCUGGGCGAGGCCUCGUACCAGCGGGCCCCAGCUCCCAGCUCAGCCCUGCUCCUGCGCUCCUCCCAGCCGCUCCCCGAAGUCCAGGCGACGGAGCCUCCCCCACCCCCGCCCACCUUCAUGCCACUCAGCCGGAACCCAGGGGGCAAUGCCAACCACCAGGUGUACGACAGCCUGGAGCUGAAGCGACAAGUGCAGGAGAGCAGAGCGCGUGCCAACUCGCUGCCACCUUCCACCUCGGCCUCCAGACCCUCUCUGCACAGGAGCAGGAAAAUUAACUGA